AUGAAGAGGCACUCUAACAGAAGAGGAACACCACCAUCAAGGGCAAAAUCGACCACACCAACAAACGAGUAUGAAGCAGAAAACAGAAGCACAAAAGGAGAUAGCCAAGAUUCAGAACUUCCAUUGAAGUGCAAAAAGUUCAGAACAUGUAAACAGCUUCUACAAAUGGUGGACAGGCUUGUUGAAGAGAAUAAUAAUGAUGAUAAUCACAAGGAGCUCUCUGUGGUUGAGAUGACAAAUUUAGAAGAAGAACUUAAUGCUGCUCUUAUGCAAACAAGAUCAAGAAAGACACAGUUGAUGAUGGAGCACGUAUCAACCCUCCAACAACAGGAGAAGGAUUUAAUCAACGAAAAGGAAGAAAUCGUACAACAGAAUGCAUCAGCGGAGAAUGUGUUUGGGACUGGGGGUGGAGGUCUGAACAACGACCUUUCAGUUAACCAGAUGGAUUCUCCGCAACAUCUGACUCUCCCUCUUUUUAUUACGUAAUCACUGGCCUCAUCAAUUUCAGUUUCAAUUUCAUCCCUGCAAUUGCAAAUCAGAUUCAGAUGUUUAUAAUGGGCAAUAAUAAUCCGAUGAAAUAUGUUGGAUUGUGUUUGAGUGUGACUACUAUUGAGUGUGACUAAUAGAUACGUACGUAUCUCUGUAAACCGUAAUCGAGUGCAGUAGUAGGUUUUUUUUAGGUUAUACAGUUUGGGUUUUAAAGAUUUUUCUGUGAUUUAAUAGUUAUAUAGUAUAAUAUAUUUAAUUACCAAAUCAUAACAUGGGUCAAUAGCGUUUUGAAUA